GCUGUUGCGUUUUCUAUGCUGUGGCAGGACUCAGAUGGGUCAGAUCUGGUUUUUGAACAUUCAUUUCCUAAGUCUAAGAAAGAACAACAUGAAAAGUGUACCCCAUCUAAAUCAAGAACUCAUCCAAAUAUUGGAUUAGAAAACAAACAGGAAGUAAAAACCGUGCAAGAUACUUCCAAACCCACACCAACAAAUGCCAAUGCUCAAGAAACUGCAAUUUCAUAUUUAAUAAGAAUAAAAAGAACGUUAGAAUUACAAGAACAAAAACUUAGUGAAAUUGACAGAAAAGUGGAUGAAUUGUCCACUAUAAUCAGAGGGCAACAAAAAAGUACAGAUAUACCUGAUGAUGAAGUUCAUAAGAAAUUACCUCUAUCCACCUUAGAAGAACUAGGAGACGUUGAAAAGCUACUAGAAAAUGCUACAAAUCUAGACAACUUUGUUAUUUACAUGCGUCAGGUGGGAGGUUUUGAUUACAAGGAAAGUGUCAAGAGAUGCUUGAAAAAAACCUUCAAUGAUCAAUUAGCAGUUAUCUACAGUUUUCAAGGUCAUAAGGGGAAAAAUCCCUUUAAUAAGACUCUAAUUUGCACUGCCGUAAUAAAAUCCAUAUUGAAACUACAUAUAGAUUGUACAUCUAAGGAAGUCGAAGUAGCCAUAAGCAAAUGGCUGACAAAAGCCAAAGAGAGGAUGAAGAAAAACGAAGAACACACAAUUAAUUUUAAUUUGGAAAUAAAGAGUUAAUUAAUAUUA